UGAGUCUAGGAUGGAGCUGCCCCGGGUGGCCUGCAGGGCGUGGGACGUGGGGCUCUUCAAAGCUGUGCUGGCUGAGUUUCUGGGCACUGGGCUCUUUCUCUUCACCGGCUUGGCCUCCAUCGCGCCGUGGACUCAGGCUGCAGAGAAUCUGGGCUUCACUACACAGAAUCACUCCUCCGGGACUGGCUCUGAGCCGAAUGGGGCCACGUCCUCAGCCUUGCCCACUGCCGCUGCCACCCCCCGCCUGGGAGAGGUGGGAACGCAGGCGCCUUGCAGCUUGGCCUCCCCCAAGCUGCUCCAGGCGUCGCUGGCCUUCGGGAGCUCGGUGGCUCUCAUGUCCUACUGCACAUUGCCAAUCAGCGGCGGCCAUCUCAACCCGGCCGUGACCGUCUCCUUGCUGGUGGCUGGGAAAGUGAGGCAAGCCAGGGCCGGGGGCUACAUCAUGGCCCAGCUGCUUGGGGGGCUCACUGCCUCAGCUCUCCUCUACGGGCUGACUCCUGAACACGCCCGGGGAGAGAUAGGCAUCAACAAGCUGGCUCCGGGGGUCACGCUGCCGCAGGCCUUCAGCAUAGAGGCGAUCGUCUCCUUCCAGCUGGUCCUCUGCGUCCUCGCCACCUCUGGGAGCAGGAGAGACCCUUCCAAGGGCGGGCACCUGCUCAUCGGGCUCUCCGUCAUGCUGGGGCACUUGGUGGCCAUCCGUUACACUGGCUGCAGCAUGAAUCCUGCCCGGUCACUGGGCCCUGCUCUGAUUGCUUUUGAAUUUGCCAACCACUGGGUCUUCUGGGUGGGCCCAACUACUGGCGGUCUCGCUGCAGCCAUUCUCAACGACAUGGUGCUGGCCCCGACAGGCAGCGGCUUCCGCCAGUGGCUGACCAUGCUGCAGGAGGGACCAAAGGGGCCAUGCAACCUGCAGUCCAAGGCUGAGAGCACCGCCCAAGAGAUGGGGCUGAGCGAGACACCCUGAGGAUGUGCCAGGAAUGACAUUUCACGUCUGGGGGCUGCGGGGACCAUCGGCUCUGCCCCGAGCGCCAAGCUGGGAGACUUACUAGGUUUAGCUCAUUGGGGCCAUAUUUCUUGUGUUGUCCUUAGGAAGCCAGGGUGGAUCUGGUUUGAUUUUCAUGCCCUUCCUAGUUUGUCUCCCAGAUUUUCCCCAUGCCCAGCAAACCAUCCCAGUGGCGUCCUUGCCCUCUGUGAACUGGGGCUGUGGGCUAGCUUGCUUGGCCAGUAAGCAUGCUGCUACUGCUCCCCCAGGGAAUCCCCCCAUGGCCCAGGUUCACCCCAACAUAC